CAAAACACUGGUUUACCUCAAAUUAGAUUAUUUCAGCGAACCUCUUGAAUCGGUGGACAAGGUGACUGAUCGGUAUACAGUAUUCCUUCGACUUGAUUGAGUGAAAGUCUGACUGCAUAUUUCUCUUGCUCCAUUGAGAACCAUCCAAUUUCAUUCUAUAUUCUUGUGAAGUUCCGAGGUACAUUCAAUUUUUACAAAUCAGUAUUAUGAAAAUGUUAGCAUUGUUCAUUCAACCAGUUAGAAACAAAUCAUAGACUGAGAGCUACAAUUUCAUUGGUCGAUUCAUGGAGAUUAGAAAAUCUCAUCAAUCAAUUGACCUAUCCCGACUAUAUAAACAGUUGAUUUUGUGAGUAGAUUACUAGUGUCGAAUUACACAUUGCAAGUCACAUCAAAUGAUUAAACAUUCACUCAUUAUCACUACUUACAUUUCACUUUAUCUUUUCAACUGUUAUCACACACAAACAAAUGCGACAAAUGCUUCUACAGUGUUAUCCUCAUGUGAAGCAUGUCCAACUUGUAAUGCAAAUAUGCGAUGUAACUAUUCACAUUGGAUCAGUCAAUUGGGACAACCUGAGCAGCUUAUUGAAAAAUAUCGGUUAAAAUCGAUGACAACUAAAUCAAGUUGUUUCAAUGAAUGCAUAUCUGAUCCUUCGUGUAAUUUAUUCACAUAUGAAGUUGAGACACCGUAUAUGUGCAAUCUGUAUUCUGGGCCUAUUGGAAACUUUACCAUGAGCAUCAAUUCAAGCGACUUCAUGACAGGAAGAAGAGUGUGUUGUAUUAUUCUGUAAUGAAAUGUAAAUAAACUAUUUGUUGAUUGCCUAAUCGAAGUUGUUCUUUUGAGUUAAUAUUUCCACAUCGUAAGCGAAAUUUCAAUAUUCGAGUUUCAUUAUGGAUAAUAUCGAAAUAUGUCAAUAGUACUGACAGAGAAUUAGGAAAUUAUGAUUGACUGUACAGAGUGAAUUGUAAUCUAUCUCAUUAGAGACAUUCAAUAAAAUAUUUCGAUUUUGCCGACGUAAUUUGUGAGCAAGUACUCGUCUAUUAACAGAUUCAUAUGAUCAAAACGAAUUCGUUUGAAUAUUGUAAGGAAGACAGUAUAUAAUGUACUUGCUAGUACCUAACUUUGUGAGGAAAUUCUCGGAGUUCUAGGGGGACGAUAUGACAGGUGGAGUUUUACCCUGUGGGUUGUAGGCGGUAACUCCCGAAAACAAAUUGAUGAGGUAGCGCAUUUGCUCGCAAGACUG